GCUGUUAUGAGACUUGCAUUCGUCUUUAGUUUGUUCAAAGUAGUUUAUUGUCAAUGUGUGUUGAGUUGUGCUUUGUCUUAUUACUACAAGAGUGUAGUUAACAUUGUUUAUUUAUCAUUUAGACAUAACAAAGUAUGGUAUAAAUAUCAGGUUGGUCAUGCGCUGUUAUGAGACUUGCAUUCGUCUUUAGUUUGUUCAAAGUAGUUUAUUGUCAAUGUGUGUUGAGUUGUGCUUUGUCUUAUUACUACAAGAGUGUAGUUAACAUUGUUUAUUUAUCAUUUAGACAUAACAAAGUAUGGUACAAAUAUCAGGUUGGUCAUGCGCUGUUAUGAGACUUGCAUUCGUCUUUAGUUUGUUCAAAGUAGUUUAUUGUCAAUGUGUGUUGAGUUGUGCUUUGUCUUAUUACUACAAGAGUGUAGUUAACAUUGUUUAUUUAUCAUUUAGACAUAACAAAGUAUGGUACAAAUAUCAGGUUAAAAACAACAUAACCUUCAUCAGGAAGAACGUGACUGAAGACUUGUGGGUGAUGACCCGUGACUCUCUGGUGCUACGCCAGGACAACUGGACGGGAACCGUCAUCAACAGGUUGAGAGCCUUCGAGAGUGAACUCGUGGUGGCCAUGCGACUCAAGGGUUGGGACGGUUCGGAGGACCUGAACUCCCUGCAGUGGACUUUCCACGGGGCACUGUUCUACUCGAUCAUCGUGAUCACCACUAUAGGUUACGGACAUAUUGCGCCAAAAACCGAUCUCGGGAAGGUGACAACAAUAUUCUACGCCAUUAUGGGGAUCCCGUUGAUGCUCUUAUGCCUCUCGAAUAUAGGAGACAUAAUGGCCAACUCCUUCCGUUUCCUCUACUGGCGCAUCUGUUGCUACGCUUGCACUCAGCCUCCUAAGCGCAGCCACCCCUCACACCGCCGUGGACGCAGUUUCCGCUCCACUAUCAGGGCGGACAUCGGGGAGAUCGCGCACUUCUUCUCUACGCAAACACGGUCCCCACGGCUCUCAGCGUUCAGCUGAUAGCGCUCUGGCACUCUCGGAGAUGACACACUCUUACUCUGACAUUUAGUGCA